AUGGCGGCAUCUAAGGGUGGAUUGUUGCAGCCUUGGUUGCAGAAGCAUACCAAUGUGGGAACUACCGUUACGGGGCAGGAUGCUGCGACGCGUGCGAGCGCCCUUACCACAAAGUUGAAGGAAGAUUUAGAGAAAGCAUGGGAAAAAUUGAAGAUUCCCCUGUCUGACGGGGGGUCUGCAGAAAUAUCUGGUCUGUGUACUGACGCGAAGAACCUUGUGGGCGCGGGGAGCGGUACGGAAAAGGCUGAGUACAUGCAGAAUUUAUGUAAAGGAAUCGCUGAAAUAAAAUAUUUCAGGAGUGGUGUAGAGACCAAGAGAACCACGGGAGAUCAGGGUAGACCAACUAACCAAGAUGGGACCCCGGAAAUUACGACCUUGGACGAUGAUGAAGCUUAUGCACGCUGUAUCGUGGGAUCCGUCGCUCUGAAUGAACUGUACGGAGAUCAUUGCCAAAUGGAGGGAAUCAUAGGAGAGAUAUCGUCUAAUGUGGACAAUAAAUUAGAGGGGCACUUGAGCAAGAAAGUGCUGGACCCUCAGCAGCAACUGAAUAAAUGUGAGGGAAUUGAUCCCAAACAUUUAAUGUUCGGUAAAUCCCUCCUCGCCAGUACAAUCAGAAAUUGGGUUCAGGGCGAUAGGAAGAAGGAGGACGAUUGGAAGAAGAGUGGGGAUCCGCGGGGAGCCUGGAGGGUGGGGUACGUGUGGAGGUACUGGCCAAAUGUCUGUGGGGGAAAGAAAAAUCGGGAGGAUGCGCAGUAUUUACAACAACAGAGAAAAAAUAAUGCAAAACAUAUGACAGAAUUCUUAAAAUUAGGCGAUGAUAAUAUCAGCAGUAAGGCAACUGCUGAUGGAAAACCGACUUUAGAAGAAAUAUUAACAGAAGAUGGAUACACCAUCCCACAGGACAGAAUAAUUAAAGUAUUGCAGGAUGCAAUGCAGAACGACAGUGCUGCUAGUCCUUCUUUUGAUUUAGCCAAGGCAAUAAUGGAGAAUGUAACGAAGGCAGCUGAGGAAACUGAGGCUCAGGAGUGCAUGAAAGACAGCAGCAAGGAAUUUUGCGUGCGCCUAAAAUGUGCAAAAGAACACUGGGAAUUGAAUGAAGGCCAGGGCGGCAACAACAACAGCGAUGAAUUGUGGGGAAAACGCGUGAAGAAUGAAUUUGACAAUCUCUUUACUCGGGGGACUGCUAGUAAUGGUGGCACCCAAGGUGCUAAAUGCGACAAGGACAAAGACUUAGAUAGUGCAAAUAAAGAAGCAUGCAAACACAUUACAGCUAAAUUAGAAAAUAUAUACACAACCACAGGUGGCAAACACCAAUUAUCUGAUCAAAUUGUACAAUGUCUUUUGUUAAGAGCUUAUGCUGAAAAAUUAAAUGAACGAGCAAAACAAGAAGGGUAUUGUGACAUACAACCCGGUAUAAAAAGGGCAUUCGAGUUUGCAAGCGCCAUUAAAACAACUAAUUGUAGGAAUAAUAAGUCCUGCAUUGUUUGCAACCUAAACGACUAUAACCAACUUGACAGUUGCCCCAUUGGCAAAGAUGCCACUGACAAAGUGAAGUCCAAAGUGGAUGAAUGGUUCAAGAACGAUCAAACGAAGAGCACGAAAAUGCAACAAACCUUGGCUGACUUCAAUAAAGAAAAUACCUUAUGCAAACGUAUACAAUGUGCAUCGAAGUGGUAUGAGAACAAGGGGAGUGGACAGAACAAAUUCUGGAAUGAGCAUGUGAAGAAAUUAUGGGAAGAAUUAGCAGGAGCAAUGACAACAGAUGGCAAAAAGGAAAACCGAGAAUGUGCUAAAGUGCCAGAUACCAAUGGUAUCAAUGGUACUAGUGGUCAAAGAGAAGCAACUCAUUCUGAAAAGACGGCGUGCAAUUAUUUGCAUGCCGGCUUAAGCAAGCUGUACAGCAAAGAUGCGACGUCGGCCGCCGCGCCGGCGGCGGCGACGUCGACGACAGUCGACGACAACAUCUUAAAGAACAACCCAUCGUUUAGACAAACGAUGGGUUGUUUUUUACUUCACGCUUAUGCAAAAAUAAUGAAAGAAAAGGCAAUUUGUAAUAUUGAUAAAGGGAUAACACAGGCAUUUGAGUCAUGGAAUGUAAGUUCUAAUGGUAAUUGCAAUGGCAAGGAACCUUGUGUUCCUUGCCAUUGGAAAGAGACCGACUAUGAGAAUUGCUCCAUUAACACAAGUGGCGCAGGCGCCACUGGCCACAGUGACAAGGUUGAGAACAAAUUGAAGGACAUCGUCCAUGAGAAGGACGGCAAAAUAGUGGCAAUGGCAGCGGAAGUAAACAAAAUAGAGAGUCUAUGCAAACGCUUCCAAUGUAUAUCUGAAAGAUGGUUAAAACAGAAAAACGGAAAAAAGGACAAAUCCUUGACAAAUGAAGACUGGAAGAAAGUGUGGGAAGGCGAUGACGGUGUAAAGAAUGAAUUAAAGGAACUCUCUCAGAAGCUGAAAGGGAAGAAUGACAGCCUUGAUCAAUACUGCAACGGUCUAGACGAUAAAACUGGAAAGGAUGCUUGCCUCCUUAUAGCAGCAGGAUUAAAGAACCUCUACGAAACUACGGGCAACGGUGACCCCAUUGAUGCAUCGUUUAAAAGAACGAUGCAAUGUGUUUUAUUAAAUGCCAUUGCAGAUGAAAUGAAGGAAAAACUUCCGUGUAAAGAGGAAAGGAGUGUACUGGAAGGGAUAAAUAAGGCUUUUGACAAUAGUGGUGAAAUUAAGAAUAAAAGUAGCGGUUGCAAUGAUGUUAAUAAAUGUUUUACGUGUGAGAGGUUCAACGAAUAUAGAAGUUGCCAGAUUAGAGAAAAUAGCAGCACAUUGAAAGUAACGAUGUUAGAAGGCAAAGUAGAUGACGUGCUCAAGAACGGUGCUAAGGAAGAAAUGAAGAAAAUUAAGGAGGUAGCUCUUAAGGAAAUAUGUAAACCUUGUACAAAUAAUGGGGAAACACUAUGUAAUCAACUAGAUUGUAUAAGAAAGAAGUGGGGACAAAUUAGGAACCAGGGGGAUGGAGCCAGCUGGGAUGACAUGAGGAGUGAUUUUGAAAAGGAGUUAAAAGCACUGCUGACAUACAUGAAGGAGGAGACUAAUCAGAACGCCGUUGCCCAUCACUGCAGCGGUCAUACUGCCGCCGGCUGGGAAGCCGGCGCUGCAAAAGAAGCUAAUGAAACUGCUUGCAAGCUCAUUGCAGCGGGGCUGCAACAUAUAUCUAAAAUUCAGCAUGAAUAUAAUGAGAGCGGUACGAAACCUGAGGAAAAUAAAAACCCUUACGAUAAUCAAGAGUUUAAACAAUUAGUUUCUUGUUUAAUGUUAAAAGCCGUCGUACAAAAAAUGAAAGAAGACAGCAAAAUUUGUGACAUACAACCGGGAAUAGACGCCGCUUUUAAAGCGGCAUCCCAAAUUAAAAACGACCAUUGCACGAAUGAUAAACCAUGUAUCGUCUGCGAAAUAGGCCAGGACGAUAAGGACAAACUUGACGGGUGCACAAUUGGCAGUAGCUCAAAGGACAAAGUAAAGGACAAAUUGAAUGACUUGCUGAACAGUAUGACAAAUAAGCCCAACGUCGAUUCCACCCUCAAGGAAGUACUUAAAACAGACCAACCCAACGGGGUACCCCUCUGUAGUCGUCUCCAAUGUUUAGCAUCUCGAGUUCAGCUGAUCAAGGGCCAACACAAUGCGGACGACUUUUGGAGGAAGGAAGGCGAAGUGGGACAACUUUGGACAGAACUAUCCAAGGCAAUGACAGAGAAUGGCACAACGGAACAACCGGAAUGUAAUCAAGUGGAUGAUAAUAGAACACCCACCGAACCUGAAAAGAAGGCAUGUCAAUAUCUUACAGUAGGUUUCAACCAACUAAAACAAAAUUCAACGAAUGGAGGAAAGUACAAAAUCCUGUCUCAUCACCCACUGUUAAGACAAACAGUGGGUUGUUCACUCCUUAAGGAAUAUGCAAAAAAAAUGAAGGACAAAUCAAAAUGUCUUAUCGAAUCAGGAAUAAAAAAAGCUUUUGAUCCAUGGAGUGGGAGUAUUACUAAGGAUAAUUGCAAGGGCGGUAGCCCGUGCAUUGAAUGUAAAUGGGAUGAUAGCGAUUAUGAAGGUUGCACUGUUGAAAUUACCGCAAAUGGCAGCAAAUCGCAAGCAAAAACCAAAGUUCAAGACAUGGUCAAGAACAGCACUUUAACUACCACCAUGAACGACAUAAACAGAACAGAAUCUUUAUGUGAUAAACUCAAAUGUGCCGCACCGAAUUGGUUCAAGAGGCAGAAGGAUUCGAAGACAAAUGGAAACACCGCGUCGACUUGGUGUGACUUUUGGGAUAGGGCUGUUAAGGAGGCACUGACGAAGCUGUUCGAAGAAAUCGAGAAGAAUGGAAAGGACAAAUCAAAGCAUACUAAUGGUCCAUGUAAAAAUUUCGGUGAUGGUAAUCCACAUAGUGUUGAAAGAAAAGCAUGUAAUCAUAUCACGGCAGGGUUACAAUACAUUAAGGACAUUCCAAAUGGUGCUGCUGCCAAGCAGUCUAAUGUUCAAGACAACCAACUGCUCCAACAAGCAGUUGGUUGUAUUGCUCUUAACAUGUACGCAGAUAAAAUAAUUAAUGAAGCGAAAGAUAUAUGUCCCAUUGAUGAAUCUAAAAUACAAGAUAUGUUUGAUCAAUGGAAUGAUCGAAAUAAAAGUUCUUCGCCUUCUCCUCCAUGUAAUGGUGGUGGUGGUAAUAAUAAUGUUUGUUUUAAAUGCACAAGACAACCAAAUUUUAAGGGUUGCGAACUAAGUGUUGACAGCUCUUUGAUUAAUACACCAACAACACCAUCACAACCAAAUGCAAAUUGCAAUACUGGCGCAACUAAAGUGAAGAAUCAAAUGGAAGGUCUCCUCAACAACGAAGACAAAUCAAACACCAACUCCAUUAAAUCCAACAUAACGACCACCUUAUCUACUAUCACUAACAUGACCACUUCUUUCUGUACUCAACUCCAAUGCGCCAUUAAAAAAAAACUAAAGAACGAAGGAAAAUUUUCAAAUGGAAGGACACCAUCUUGGAAAAAGGUCGAAAGUGACGCCGAAGGCGUAUUAACGCAACUUCUAAAUUAUAUGACAAAGUCGGAUAAUCAGAAGGACCUUGCCAAAUAUUGCAAUGACAAAGACGCUAAUUGGAAGAAUUUAGGCACUAAAGAAAAACAAACAAAUAAAGCAGCUUGCUUGCUUUUUGCUGCAGGAUUAAAACACAUUUAUAACCAACAGAAGGGCAAUGUUAAUGGCCCAUCGUUUGGACAAACGAUGGGUUGUUUAUUUCUUAAAGAAUAUGCAAAACAAUUGAAAGACUUGGCAAAAGAUAAGAAAAGAUAUGAAGUACAUCCUAGAUGUAGCGUACAUGAGGGCAUAGAUCACGCUUUCAAACAAAGUAAUGCCAUUAUGAAUGCAACACCUCCAUGCAACAAGAAUGUUAAUAAAGACUGUUUUGUAUGCAAUAUUGACGAAGGUUAUGAUGGUUGCAAAAUUGGCGAUGACAAAAUAGAGGAAAAAGUUGAACCAAUGCUAAAAGGCAAUCCAACGAACAAAAACCUAAUGGAUGAAACACUAGCGAAUACACUUUGUCCCAUCCUUCUUACGGAUCUCCUUACCCCUUUUCUUCCUUUGGCUCCUGUCUCUAUUGGCCUUUCUGCUAUGGCUUAUUACCUUUGGAAGUAUUUUGGUCCUCUUGGUAAAGGAGGACAACGUUUCAGAAGAUCUCCUACUGAAAUUCCGGGUUCAUCAGUACAGGAACAAGUCCUCGAUCAUGUGCAGCCAGAUAGUUCACAUGAAUAUCAAUUGGUGAAGGAACGAAAACCCCGUUCAGCUCCAACAAGAACGAAACGUUCUGGUCCCGUGAAUCGCCGCACGAUUAUUGAAAUUCAUUUUGAAGUGUUGGACGAAUGUCAAAAAGGGGACACACAAUUGAACCAGAAGGAUUUUCUGGAACUUUUGGUUCAAGAGUUCAUGGGAUCCGAAUUAAUGGGAGAAGAACAGGUUCCUAAGGAAGAAGUUCUUAUGGAAGGUGUUCCUUUGGAACGAGUUCCUAUGGAACGUGUUCCAAGUUUAGCUUCCGGGUUUAUGGUUUAG